GCCCCCGUCAUCUCCGAUGUCUCCGCUGCCCCCGUCAUCUCCGAUGUCUCCGCUGCCCCCGUCAUCUCCGAUGUCUCCGCUGCCCCCGUCAUCUCCGAUGUCUCCGCUGCCCCCGUCAUCUCCGAUGUCUCCGCUGCCCCCGUCAUCUCCGAUGUCUCCGCUGCCCCCGUCAUCUCCGAUGUCUCCGCUGCCCCCGUCAUCUCCGAUGUCUCCGCUGCCCCCGUCAUCUCCGAUGUCUCCGCUGCCCCCGUCAUCUCCGAUGUCUCCGCUGCCCCCGUCAUCUCCGAUGUCUCCGCUGCCCCCGUCAUCUCCGAUGUCUCCGCUCUGCCAACAACGAGCACCUCCGAUGUCAUGACAUCAUCUGCCAGGUCUCCAGCUGCUUGCACUGAAUCUGCACCCUCACCCGCCGCCGGACAAGGC